AUUAUUAAUUUGUGAUAUUGAGUAGCAUCUCGAUCUCGUCGUCUGUCGUUGCUGCGUAUCUUUACGACAUUAGGGGAAGGUGCAUGAGGGGGAGCUCGAUCGGUGCCGGUCGCUACGCGCUAAACCGCAGCAUUGUUGUGAUCAUCAAAUCUCAAGAGCAGGGCCCGCGCGGCAGGACUGGCGAUGGUCGUCCGGUGCGUGCUACUCCUCAUUGCAAGUGUGAUCUGUAUCCUGGCAAUCGAGGAUGUGGCUGGAAUAUGCUCGGUGACCAGCGAAAGAAAUGGCACGUCCGUGAUGACCACUGUUCUAAACGCCGGUAUUAAUACUACGAUCAGUUGCACUAACAGCAGCCCAGACGGUGUAGGGGUCUGGUACUUUGGAAGCAAGAAAAUUAUCACUGCAGAUAAUUGUGACUGCGGAAGCUGCUACUCCAGCUCCGUGACAGGCCAGCUGACAAUCUGCAGUCCGUCUGUUGAAUAUGCCGGAGUGUACCGGUUUGGCACGAGCAGGAACAUCACCUUGUACUUUCCACCCGCCAUUCAAACUAACCCGUCGACGGACGAGACCAACAAGGGUUCUUCUGCAUCACUCUCGUGCACUGUGACUGGAUUCCCGGCACCGAACGUUGUUUGGAUGCAGGCUGGCAGGCUGGUCAACGAUAGCAGGAGAUCAACCAACAACGAACUGACGGAACGGGCAACAAAAAGCACGCUAUCAAUCGAGGAUGCUCGAUACUCAGAUCGCUCCGAUGGCAUGUUCACGUGCGUCGGUCAGAAUUACGGAGAGGCGAACAGCAGCUCAGGCCCACUAGGCGAAGUGGAGAGCACCGGGGCACUGGUCCGGGUACGAGAUCCACUGGGUGCACUGUGGCCAUCAUUGGGAAUACUAGGUGUGAUACUGGUGAUGACUGUUGUUGUGCGGUAUUCCAACGCAGUGGCGAAGAAGAAAGAGGAGGAAAGAAUCAAGAUCUUGUAUGAAAAGGAUCUACCCAACAGCGCGUCAACCGGGACUGAUGGUGCAGUCACCAUUGGCAGUAGCGGUGGCAUGUACAGAAGGACUUCUCAACAGUUUGGAGGAGAUGUGCCCCUGUUAACACGCACAGACAGUGCAAGUCCGCCACAUGGCUACAGUGUUUAGGUGCUCCAAUGGCUGGCCACAGUGUUCAGGUGUUCCAAUGGCCCAUCUGCCAGGCUCUUUCCCAGUUGAAUAUCUCCGCCAGUCACAGCCGAUGGGAUGAAUACCAGUCAAGGUUGAUUGAAAAGUACUAGACAAUAGUCUCUUGCUAUUUUUUAGGUCUGGAAAUUGCCCUUUCUAAUUCUAAUUACACCAUUGCAGCUUCUUGCAUCAAGAUCAAUACCAGCCUUUGAUCGCAUACCCUGUAUUUUCCGCUUGCCAUCACCUCCUCCCAUCCGUCCUUCGUGCUACCCACAAACCAUUUCAAAGUAUGCUUAGCCAUGGAUCCCCCCUCCUCCCAUCUGUCCUUCGUGCCACCCACAAACCAUUUCAAAGUAUGCUUAGCCAUGGAUCCCCCCUCCUCCCAUUUGUCCUUCGUGCCACCCACAAACCAUUUCAAAGUAUGCUUAGCCAUGGAUCCCCUGGUUCGAACCACAGUAUCGUGAACGAUAUCCAAGCACAACUAUUUCUAUUAUUAUCCUGAAUGAGAUGUGCCUGGCUGCACUCCGAAGCAUAUACUAAUGACAUUGUUAUAAUACUGAAUACUAAAGCCGAUUUCCUUCCUUUGUUUCUGUAACGAAUCAUGUGCGAGAGCAAGAAUUGGAUAUAAUUUUUUUACGAAUACUCUGUGCAAAAUAUUAUGGUGGAUAGGACAAUAUUCCAUUUCAAUGUACUUCGCAUAGGGCUACCAAUCAAGAGUGAUCGAAUGACUA